UUGAAAAAAAAAAAAGAAACCUCCAAGAUUCAGCUCUCUCUCUCUCUCGUCGUUCUCCCUCUCUCCGUCUCUCUCUCUCUCUCUCACUCUCUCUCUCUCUCUCACUCUCUAGCUCUCGCUCCGUCGUUCAUACUCUAUCUAUCCGUGGCUCGCUCUCUCACUUACAUUCUCUACCCAAUUUCAUCAGAUUUGAUCGUGACUGGAAAAAGAUUGAAGCUUUUGUUGGGUCAAAGACAGUCAACCAGAUAUGUUUUCUAUUUUUCAGAAAAAUGCAUAAUAAAAGUAAUGGGUUCGGUUGGGUUUGGGUAGUAUGCGAGUAUUAUUAAUCAGAUUCGAGACAAGUUCGAGUAAUAAAAGAUAUACUUUAUUCGGAUUCAGGACCUUUUCGGGUAACUUAUAUAUCACACGGGUUCAGAUUUGGAUACUUCAAAUUUUACGGGUACCUUCCUGUUGUCAUCCCUGUCCAAAGCAGAAAAAAGAAAAUGCCGAGCAAGAAAAAGAGCAAGAGGAAGAGACCCGAUCGACCAACCAUCCACCCCAAGAACAAAUAUGCAGAUAACCCACCUGAUUUUUCUCUCCUUGCUUCUCUCUACCCUUCUUUUAAGCCCUAUGUAUUCUAUUCUCCUGAUGGUAGACCCAGAAUUGACUGGACCGACUUUAACUCCACCCGGGAGCUCACUCGGGUUUUGCUUCUCCAUGAUCAUGGCCUCAAUUGGUGGAUUCCUGAUGGGCAACUCUGCCCUACAGUUCCAAACAGAUCCAACUACAUCCAUUGGAUUGACGAUCUUCUCUCUGACAUCAUCCCGAAAAAUAACAUAAAUGGAGAUAUUGUGAGAGGUUUUGAUAUAGGCACCGGAGCUAACUGCAUUUACCCACUCCUUGGUGCAUCUCUUCUAGGAUGGAGUUUUGUUGGGUCAGAUGUGACUGAUGUAGCAAUAGAGUGGGCAGAGAGAAAUGUUAAAGAUAAUCCACAUAUUUCAGAACUAAUUGAAGUUAGAAAGGUUACAAACUGUCAAGAGAUCCAUUCUAUUGAAGAUUCGAACAAUGCAGAAUCUGUAAAUGGUGAAAACAAAAUGGAUGUGAAUGGAAGUGUGGUUGAAUCAGGUUCAUUUACUUUGCCUGUGGAUGCUAACAAGAAUUAUCAUGGACCGCCUAUACUUCUUGGUGUAGUGAGGAAUGAUGAGAAGUUCGACUUCUGCAUGUGCAAUCCUCCAUUUUUUGAGACCAUGGAGGAAGCAGGAUUGAACCCAAAGACUUCUUGUGGUGGGACUCCUGAGGAGAUGGUUUGUCCUGGAGGAGAAAAGGCUUUUAUCAUUCGUAUAAUUGAAGAUAGUGUUGUAUUGAAGGAGUCCUUUAGGUGGUACACUUCAAUGGUUGGAAGGAAAGCAAACCUCAAAUUUCUAAUCUCAAAGCUAAGGGAUGUUGGAGUCACCAUAGUAAAGACAACUGAAUUUGUCCAGGGGCAAACAUGUAGGUGGGGGCUUGCUUGGUCUUUUGUGCCUCCUGCCAGGAAGAUAAUAUCACCUUUUGUGGCUGGGAAGAGUAUACUGUCUUUCAUGCUUGAGGGAAUUCAACGCCAAUUCAGUGCUAUGGAUGUAUUACAAUCAGUUGAGUCCUUUUUCCACACCAGUGGCGCAUCCUGUAAAUUGAAUGCCUCAUCAUUUGAUGUUGAUAUCACUGCAUCAAAUGAACAAUGCUAUGUAAUACUAAAGGAUGAAGGAAAACUUUGUGGUGAAACUGCCAAUUGCAGUCCUAUUGAUGAGGAAUCCAACAGUUCAAAUUUGCACACUCCUCAAAAUAACUUGUGUUUUCGCAUUUCGGUAUUUCAGCAAAUCCCUGGCACCCUUUUGGUGAAAGGAUCAUUGCAACAGAAAGACAGCUCAGUUUCAGGAGUAUUCUCAUCAAUUAUCAAACAUUUGGAGGAAAUGUUGAAAUACAAGUUUUGUAGAGCAAAGCCUACGGUCAAGUAAAUCGACUGAUUUCUGCCAUAUACCAUAAUUUAGGGAUUGGAUGAACUUGUGCACGCAUACACAUUUUUGUGAACUUAUCACCAUGGAAUUGUAAAUUUGUGAAGGCUAUUUAUAUGUAGGUUUUGUGGACUGAAUUGUACACUUUAGGCAAACCCACUUUGUGUAGUCACAGGCACUACUUAUAUGGACUUAGUUGUCCAAUUUUUAGUAUUCAAUAUUUAAUAAUUUUUUUUUGGGCUAAA